UCGUUACACCAUCGUUCGAACGGUGGUAAAUUUACAAAUUUAUAUAAUAAAUAAAUCACGCGUGCUGGAUUAAAUUCCAUAGUCAUGCUUUUACAAGAGUAAUUUGACUAAUAUAGAAAUUCCAUAUACGUAGUUUCGUACGCAGUUAAUAAAGAUAAGUCUUGACGAUACGCCGUAUUGGAUUACAGUGUGAGAGAGACAAAUAUACACUACGUUUCUUAACAAUACCAAUAAAGGAAACACAAUAGUUUGUAAUGCGUUUACGCACAUCGGCAAAUACCGCUUGGGUAUCAGUGGUGACAGGACCUAACUUAACAUGAGGUGAAACUAGGUCUAUAAAGAUUUUACUUAAUACAUUUCAGUCUUUAGCAUAACAUACUCCACAAUGGAAUCCCACGAAAAUGAACAGUACGUUACAUUUCCUCUUUCUGGGGUACACGAUGGUAUACAAGAUAAUAUUAUAUCUCAUGAGGAGAUAUGUGAACCUGUUGAUGAGUGUGCCCUUCAGGAAGGUCUUACAGAAGUAUCCGUUACGGAUGUCAAUUCUGGUAUUACAGAGGCACAAGUUGCUGUUGAAAUUUUAACGGAACAUUCUGAUGAGGAAGAUGAAAAUCGUGUAGUGUAUCCUAUAUACAUUAAACAGGAAGAGCAACAGCAAUACACAUCUGGAGACGAUGAAUCUAUGGCUGUAGAAGCCCUACGACAACUUGGUGGAAUGUAUCCAUGUUUUGAUGAUAAAAAAGUAUCUUGUCCUAAUUGCACAAACCUUUUUACACAAACUGAGAUGGCCAAACAUCAUACCACAUGUACCCCUACUAAAUUAUCUUGCAUGACUUGUGGGGAAAGAUUUGAAAGGAAAAUGGACUUGAACAAUCAUAUGGUUUGUCAUCAAGUGGAUCGGCCGCAUGCUUGUAGAGCUUGUGGUAAUUUAUUUCGUUCAAAAAGCAGCUUAAGGUGUCAUAUGUUAGAAGUACAUCAAAUAGAAAGACCUCACAAGUGCACAAUAUGUGGAGCAGAUUUUCAGAGGCCUUCCAGUUUAUCUAACCAUAUGAAAAUUCACACGUAUGUUGCUGGACGUGCCAUCAUGCAAUCACAGGGUAAUAGUAUAUCGCAAUCCGAAGAAACAUUUAGAAAAUGGCCAGAAGAUAUGACUGAAUCCCAAAAUAACCAAGUGCCAUCUUCAUCUAUACAAACUGUUCAGACUUACGAUACAGUUAAUUGGACAGUUCCAUCUUAUAAUUUUCACAGUGAACAAUCAACAGUAAAUACUAUAUCCAGUCCUCAAGAAAAAAUAGACACUCUACAUGAGUUUACUGUGAUGCCAAAUGGAGAAGUUACACAGUUUGAAUAUACCCAGCAAAGUAAUAUAAAUAACCAAGUCAAUCAACAAUACAAUCUCUCUUUAAACUCAUUCAAUAAUACAGAUACAAUGGUAAAAGUUGAAACAUUAUCAUAUAAUAGUGAAAAUAGAAGAAAUUAUGUAGGAAUUGAAACAAAUGGUACAAAGCAACAUACUUGUAGACACUGUGGAAUUAGUUUUUCUCGCGCAACAGCAUUGGUGUCUCAUGAAAAAAUUCAUGCAUCUAAAAAUUGGAAUAUGCCAAUUGAAUGUGAAUACUGUGAUAAACAGUUCCAAGAUGGCAAUCAUUUAGCUACUCAUCAAACAACUUGUGCAAAAAAGAUAAUGCAAAAUAAUAUAGAGCAAGGUACACCUAAUAAUAAGUGGGGUAAACACUCGUGUUCCGAUUGUGGUAAAAAAUUUACAACUAAACAGAAAAUGUUCAGGCAUCAAUGGAUUCACAGAAAGAAAACACAUUCCUGUGAGGUAUGUGGGACACAGUUUGAAAAACAGAAUCAAUUGGACGAGCACAGAUUAUCAGCGCAUCCGGGCGAUUCUCCGUUUACUUGUACAGAAUGUGGUAAAAGUUUUGUGUCUCGUCAGGGACUUUGGGAACAUGGUAGAACACAUGCUGGAAGUCCUGCCCAUUUUCAUUGUGACACAUGCUCCAAAACAUUUUCAUCUAGACAGGGUUAUUUAAUACAUCACAGAACUCACACUGGAGAGAGACCAUAUGGUUGUAAAUUUUGUUGGAAAGCAUUUAGAGAUGGUGGAACAUUAAGGAAACAUGAGCGUAUUCACACAGGAGAAAGACCGCAUGUUUGUCCUCUGUGUUCAAGGGCAUUCAAUCAAAAGGUUGUUCUCCGAGAACAUGUCCGAUGGGUUCAUGCAGCUGGGAAAAAUGAAACUGAAGUAACUGGACCUCCUUUCUCUUGUCCCAUAUGCGGUGCUUUGAAUCAAGAUCGCGAUGAAUUAUGCGCGCAUAUCGUUAAACAUUCUGAUCAAAUGAUAGCAGAAGCAAAAGCUAAAACAAAUAAUAAUGCCCCAAAACCUAAGCCAGUUAAAAAAAAAUCAAAAGUAUCUCCAACUACUAGCUUGCAAGAAAAACAGGGGGCUGUAAAUCGUAUGAUUUCUAAAGCUGAACAAAAUGAAGCACUUUUGUCUAUCACAGAAACGGAUAAAUCAGACGACCAGCAAAUUUUAAAUGAUAAGCAAAAUAGUACCUUUCUCGUAGUCACCACGGAAAAACGGAAUGAAAAUUAUAUUGCAAUAUCAGAACUUAAACCUGAUAAUGUACAAUUGAUAGUUAAUGAAAAACAAGAUGAAAAUAUGCAUAUUUCACAAAUUAAUCAUAGCCAUGGGGAAUCUUUAAAUAUGAUCACUAUAGAUAAACAGAACAAUGCAGCUCAUGUAGUUUCCAUAAAACAAAAAGGAACCACACUCCAUCCUACGACCAGUCAUAGUGAAAUAACUACAAUGCAUUUAAUACAAACUUCAAAACAAAAUAAUACUUUGCACUUAAUAUCAAAACAAAACGAAUCAUUACCUGUUCUAACACUACCAAAUCCUCAGGACCAUGAAAACUUUUCCAGUCAAAUUGCACAAAUAAAUAAUAGCGAUAUACCUAUGGAUAUGGUAACACAUCAUUCAACUAGACAAGAUCAAAACGUGAAAGAUCACAAUGAAAUUGGACAAGAAUCAUUAAUGCAAGAGGGAACAUCCCAGACAGCUGUAAUACAAGUUGUACAGUAUCAUCAACACGAAAGCGACGACGGAGACGAAUUAGUCUGUGGUAUUUGUGGAGAAGAUUUUAAUGACAAAACUGUGUUGAUGGAACAUGUUAAGAUUCAUAUAUAAUUACUGUUAAUUUCUUGCUAUCCAAGUUUGUGAUAUUCUUAUGCUAUUAAUGUGACUGUAGGAAAUAAUGAACUUGAACACUUUUUGCAUUGGAAGAAAAAAAUGCUAAAUACAGCUAUUUAAGUAUUAUUUCCAACAAUAGUAGUAGAGCACCAGUUUUCUAUGUGUCCUAAAA